GCGAAGAAGUACAUAGAUAUUGAGUUGCAUGUUAACCUUAACAAUAAUUGUUGUUCCAGCUACAAGACAGCCGAUGGUGGGUCGGACUUUUGUACUGACCCUCGCUAUAGGCAUCACAUUCGGUUUCAUGUUCGCCUACAUCGUUCUCACCACCUCCACAUACCACAUCGGCGAGAUGGCAAUGUUUCCCGUCAGAGAACCAGAAAGGAUUGUGGGUGACCCUCACCAUCACAGCCACAUGGACAAUUUGCCAGAGCUGAAGGGAGAAGUGGGGUCACACGGUCAUGACGAGGAGUUCCAUAAAGAUGAAGAUCUCGUGGCAAGGGAGCUGUAUAACAAAGUGCGAGUGCUCUGCUGGAUCAUGACAUCCCCUGGGAACCAUCAGAAGAAAGCUCGCCAUGUCAAGGCCACCUGGGGGAAACGCUGCAACAUUCUCCUCUUCAUGAGCUCACAAAAUGAUACGACACUGCCUACGAUAGCGUUGCCUGUGGGAGAAGGAAGGGACAACUUGUGGGCGAAGACAAAGGAGGCAUUCAAGUACGUCUACCACCACUACCUGGACUCUGUGGACUGGUUCCUGAAAGCUGACGAUGACACAUACGUAGUAGUGGAGAAUCUGCGUUACAUGCUGUCAGAGCACAACUCGUCUGAGCCUGUGUACUUUGGCUGCCGAUUCCGACCUUACACCAAACAGGGCUACAUGAGUGGGGGAGCAGGAUACGUUUUGAGUAAAGAAGCAGUAAGGAGAUUCAUCGAAGAGGGUCUGCCUAACAAGAAGUUCUGUCGAGAAGACAACGGUGGUGCUGAGGAUGUGGAAAUGGGAAAAUGUUUGGAGCGAGUAAACGUGAGAGCGAUGGACUCUCGGGAUUCUCUGGGUCGAGGCCGAUUCUUCCCGUUUGUCCCAGAACACCAUUUGAUUCCGGGUCACUCAGAUCCAAACUUUUGGUAUUGGCAUUACAUAUAUUACCCGAGUCCUGAGGGACUUGACUGUUGUUCAGACAGUGCCAUAUCAUUCCAUUACGUCUCACCGAACCAGAUGUAUGUACUGGAAUAUCUCAUCUACCAUCUGCGGCCGUACGGCAUCAACCACUAUGUGAGACCUGGGCCGACACCCCACACCCCCCAGCCACAGCAGCUGUCAGCUGAUAACAGGUAGUGAUAAGAGGGGGACUCGCUCAUGUCUGUGCCAUACACUCUGCCGUGCUGUGUGUCAGUGUUAAUCUUCAUGUGUAGCUGUAGCUGUCAGCUCAAAGCUAGUUCCUUUUUUCUGUUUUUCGGCAUCUGCAAGGUAAUUGGAUUUUUAGUAUGAAACCAACAAAUUCAAACCUAGCAAUAAGCCAUAAUUACUACAAGUUAUGCGUAACAUUUCUAUUUUAUGCUAUUUAGUUUCUAAAACUUUUUGUUUUUCAGUUUAUAGUGAAACUGAAAAUAUUCAGUCUCUGGUCCAUUAAGUUAGCAACCAUCACUAUAGAAUUCAAUAAAGAACUACAUGUGGGCCAUAGAUACUUGACAAACAUUUAUUUAAACACAAAUUAUUAAUUUUAUGAGAAGUUAAAAUUAUUGUAUUAACGUAUUUAGUUGUUUACUUCUCAUAUAAAAUCGCUUCUAACAAUGUAUACAUUUUUAACUUCAACAUAGCCUCAAAACAGUGUUGUUGCAACAGGCAGCUGACUAACUACAACUAUAGUCAAAAUGAUACUGAGUAACAUUAUAGCCAGUGUCAAGUGACAUGGCUCACCUCGUAAUUUGUUUGGUUUUUAACUAAAUUUAAAUUAUAUGACAUAUAAUCUGAGCUCAUGAAUUCGGAUGGGUUCUAUUCAGUUCAAUUUUGAAUAUAAUAUAACCAUUUGUAUUAUUAUUUGUAAACGAAGUUCUUUCUUAAUAUGAAUUAAACUGUACAUAUCAAAGAAGUGUCAA